CACUGCAUCCUUAUCAUUCGGUUCGACGGACCGCAACGAAGAGCCAAAAGAUUGCUGCUUAGUGUCUACUUUGCUUCCGUGGUCAGAGGUUUCGCUGCGAAAUGACGUCUCAACUGACCCUCUUGCUUACGGGCGCCCUGCUGCUGGUGUCUCAGGGACGAGCGGAUACCCUGCUCAGCCCGACAGAAGGGAACAGUGGUAGCAUGAACCGACUCAUCGCAUCCUACAGCGACAUGGACCCGUUCCGCUGGGAGAGCUUCUACUCCCUGCCGCUCACGGCGGCCGCCGCCAAGAAGGCCGGCUGGGCCGAGGUGGCCGGGACCGACGGCCAGGGGCGUACGGCCGGCCUCGUGUCCACCUGGUGCAGGCGCAAGGACUACAGGGUGUGCCUGCUGUUCGACUUGGCGGGCGUGGUGGCGGGGAUUCAAGUCUCGGUCUCGGUGAGCGACUUCGAGAAGUCCUUCGGCUCCAAGCAGUACCCCAUACACGAGGAGUCCCAGUGGCGGCGCGGCACCCUGCUCGGCACCGAAGUGUUCUCGGCCACCGCGCUCUUCGUCGACCCGAGCGUGCUGAUGGCCGGGGGUCGCGUGGACUGGCAGGACGGCGACGAGGUGCUGCAGGACGCGCUGCUGCUGGAGAACGGCGCCUCGUACUGGGCCAUGCCCUCCACCGCGGAGGACGCCGGCGGCGUGGCCUUCACGAAGCAGGGCUGCGUCCGCGGCGCGGGCCGCCACUACGCCUACAACAUGUCGCCCUCGAUGGCCUGCGAGGAGCACCGGCCCUUCUUCCUGCUGUUCGACGACGUGACGGGCCGCCUGCAGGGCUUCGGCGUCUCGCUGUACGGCAAGGCGUCGCACAACUGGUUCGGCCGCUGGUGGCUCGAGGCACCGCGACGCGGCCUCGUCCAGGCCAUGUUCCCCUCGGCGCCGCAGUGCUUCCUGGACUGGACCCGCGCGAAGGGCCUCGUCACCCUGCACGUGUACUUGAGGGACGCGCCGUGGAAGGCCGCCUGCGCCGCCUGAACGGCCUGCGAGGACUGGAAUUUGUAGGCAAAAAGAAACAAAGCAACGCACAAACACCA